UGUUGAUGUGAGACGGGGUUGGGCUUGCCAGGUCUUUAAAAAUCAGUAAAAGCUAGUACACCUGUCAGUGUGCUGCAGACAACCAGCCAGUUUGCAUUUCACUGUCUUUGAAUUGCGCUCUUAGACGCACCCCACUGCAACUUGUGAAAUCCCAGAAAAUCCUGCAGCGAUGGCAGACCAACGUGGAAAAAAGAUCUUUAGGAAUGUGGACCCCCUCGCUGAGAAAAACAACCGUUCACAUCACACCAGUGAAAUCUCAGUGAAGGAUCUGAUUGUGAGGCGAGGACAGGCCUUCACUGUGGCCGUGACUCUGAACGAAGCUUUCGAAUCCAAACGUUACCCACUCAAAAUCACUGCAACAAUGGGAGAACAUGCAUCCCAGGAACUGGGGACAUCGUCAGUGUUCGGUAUCCCAGAUGUCAAGGACCGUUCACCAUUAGCAAAGGCGGUGUGGAAGGUGAAGCUUGAGAACGUCUCCCAACCACAGACGGGCGAGCUGACUCUCAUCAUCACCCCCCCAGCUGAUGCUCCCGUAGGGAAAUACACCUUGACUGUGAGCUACAGGGAUGAGGAAAUAGAGCUGACAAAGCUUGCACUGCUCUUCAACGCCUGGUGUCAUGAUGACACAGUGUUUCUGGAUGUUGAGAAGGCAAGACAGGAGUAUGUAAUGAAUGAACACACAGUCAUCUACAAAGGAAGUAAAAACUACAUCUUUCCUCUUGACUGGGAUGCGGGACAGUUUGAGAAGGACAUGGUGGAAAUUUGUUUUGCUCUAUUGGAUCUCAGCAAUAAACACAAGAAGGACCCUGCUAAAGAUACUGCUGCUCGCAAUGACCCUGUCUAUGUUGGCCGCGUGGUCAGCGCCAUGAUCAACUCUGUAGGUGAUUGUGGUGUCUUGGAGGGACGCUGGGGAGAUUCAUACGAUGGCGGGCAUAGACCUGGUUACUGGGGUGGCAGUGUCGAAAUUCUUAGAAAAUGGAAAGGGAGUGGCUACAAACCGGUGAAAUAUGGGCAGUGCUGGGUGUUCGCCGGUGUGAUGUGCUCAGUGAUGAGAACACUGGGAAUCCCCACCCGCAUCGUCACCAAUUUCCAGUCAGCUCAUGACACCAACGGGAAUCUGACCAUCGACACGUAUCACUCCUCAGAUGGAGUCACAACGAAAGAUUCCCCAGACAGCGUUUGGAACUUCCAUGUGUGGACUGAGUCGAUCAUGAAGCGGCCUGAUCUGUCAGCUGAAGGGAAAUAUGACGGCUGGCAAGUUCUCGAUCCAACACCACAGGAGAUGAGUGACGGUGUUUACUGCUGUGGUCCAGCCCCAGUCUCUGCCAUCCUGUGCGGACAGACAGACCUCCCAUAUGACAUCCCUUUUGUCUUUGCUGAGGUCAAUGCCGACUGUGUUGACUGGCUGAUCUUCCCUGAUGGCUCACAAAUAAAGGCAGGAUCUUUCCCUGGGGAAGUCGGUGCAAAAAUCUCUACCAAGGCUAUCGAUUCUGACAAGAGGGAGGACAUCACCAACAACUACAAGUAUGAGGAGGGGUCAGACAAGGAGAGAAGUGUCUUUAAGUAUGCCGUCACUGUCACCAAGGACUACUCUGAGACUGAUAUGGGGGAUGAGGAGAUGGAGGAGGGUGACGACAAUGAAGAGACAGAGGAUGGUGAUGGGGAUGAUGGUGUGGGGGAAACCGUUGAGCUGGAAGACACGGAGGGCGAAGCGAGUGAAGAUGAUGCAGAAGAUGAAGAAUCAGAGGAGGACACUGAGACCGAAGUGACAGAGGUGGACAUGGACCUUCCACCAGUGACGAUGUCAUUUGAAGAGGUGACUCCACCUACAAACGGCAAAGAUGUGAGAGUGAAGCUGAUACUGUCGUGCAGUGUUCCCAGGAAGCUGUCCAUCAACUUAAGCGUCCAAACCAUGACUUACAACGGCAGGCCGGCUGUGAACGUCAAGAGCAUCAAAACUGAAAGAGAACUGAAGGCUGGGAAAGCUCUGAAGAUCCCCAUCCGGGUCCCGUUCUCAGUCUACCAUCCACACAUGAUUGAGGCUGACAGCAUGAAGAUUGAGGCUAUAGUCAUGGACCUUGAGAGGACAGAUCUCACAUACCUGAAUAAUGAUGACAUUGUGCUGCUUGACCCUCCCAGCUCCCUCGAGGUGUUCGGUAAGCCUAAAUGCUGGUACAGAACAAGAGGGCAGUAUGUAUUCAAGAACCCAACCAAAGACGAGACGCUGAAGAAUUGCAAGCUGCAUCUCUGCGGAAGUGGCCUGCUGAGCCAGGACAUUGACAUUGACAUUCCAGACUUGAAGCCAGGAACACGAAUUCGUAUCCAGUUUGAUUUUUACCCCUACAAGAUGGGUAAGAGGACCCUCCAAGCUGAUUUCGACUGCAGUUCAUUCAGAGACAUCAAGAAGUCCACCGUGGUUAAUGUAAAGUAAAUUCUCCGUACUGCUGAGUAAGAGUCACAUAUGUCCGCUCAGAAACAACACGUCAAUACUUUUUUUGACACGUACAUUUAACAAUUUCUAUUGGUGCUUUGACUUCAUUUAGUUAUUUUCAAAAGAAAGAGAAUAAGUGUGCUGUUAUCAAUCAAAUGUGAGGGCAGGGCAAAGACUGUGUAAAAGAAGUGGACACACCCACCAUGACGUCACCCAUUAGUCUGUGGACAUCUGUUUUGAAGUUUUGACUGUGGCAUUUUUGCCCUCGUUUUUUUUUUCAGUAGUCAGAUGUGAUCAUAUUUGGACCACUGACUGAGAACUUGAACAAACUGUUGUGCUUGUGACUCGUCAAUCACAUUGCAGCAGCUUUAUCAUAAUUUUUACUCUAAGUUGGACCAUAAUUUACAAAAUGAACAUCAUGCUUCAUUGAGGAAGAAUUGAAAUUAGUUACUGAGACCACAGACUAAAAAAUGUUAAUUUAAAGUAAUAAAUUGAGGAAGAACUAGGGCCAUUUUUUCAUAGACUUCUAUGCAGUUGAACUCAUUUUUGCAAACGGUGGAGUCGCCUCCUGCUGGCCAAUGCAGUGAAUGCAGGCUUGAUGCACUUGAGCUUUGGUUUCACUUUUCAGCCUUAGAGGCUCAAUGUUGCUAAUACUUUUCCAAUUGAAGUAUCUUGCACAAGCCCAAAAAGUCGCUAAUACCACUUGAUGAUGUCAUACACUCAUUUGCAUAUUGGUUACAUUUUUGUGCAUUAAUGGAAGCAUUAAAACUAAGCUGUAAUUCUAAACAUUUUAGUGUCAUGGGAGCUGUAGUGCAUUUAAACUAUUUCAAGCUGCCUUUCUCAUCCUCCUCUUCCUCCUGCUUGUCCUACAUCCACUGCACGGAGGACACGGAGGAUUCGCCACACUGAUGGCAGCACAGCCGUGGACUGUGAUUACUCUGAGCAGCCUGCAUGGGACUAACUUACAAUAUAAUCUAUUUCUCGCUUUUUGCCCGAUGGUCUGAGUAAUUUGCAAAAUCUCCAGAAAGUUUGUCGAGAAAUUCGCCAAGUUGGCAACAGUGGAAGGCGUCCACUUCUUUUAUACAGUCAAUGGUGCAGGGCAUAAAAACAGUCUGCUUAACGAAAAAAGUUGGGAAUUUUUGUCAUUAUGCUCUAUUUUUGUGUUACAGCUACAUCUAUUAUUUCUUGUUUGGUGUUCAAUAUUUGGGUUAAAUGGGAGCUGAGCAAAUUGGCUUGAUUUUUUUCAAAAGCAUGAGAGGAAGGCAGCGGGUAACAAAAGAAUAAUAUACCCAGAAAUGUGCAAUAAAUUGCCCAAAAAUUACUAAUAAAAAAAGUAAAAUAAUAAGGAAAUGACUUUGAAAACUGUAAUUAUGAUAAGUAUAAUUAUAGCUUUCCCCAAACUUUUUACUUUCCCUCUUAGCUCUUUAAAAGUCAUUUUCUAAAUCUACUAAUUCCCUGUAAUUCUUGGAACAUUUCUUACCAAGUUGCUCAUUGCCU